CAAUAAAUUAGAGGCGUCUAGGGUUUGUUUUUUGUCCCGUUUUGCUGUUCGGCUUCGUUGGCUUCGCAGGAGGUGUAGAGAUUCCCAAGUCGCUCCUUCGUUGCUGUUCGAAUUCGCUCCUUCGCCGGCGUUCCCUUCCUGUCGGAUCGAAAGUUACGACAUUUUGAUCGGAAGCAACAACGGCAGCUCGCUAGCUGUGAAGAUAACUUAAUCCCUUUCUCGCGCUUCUUCGGCCAAAUCCGGUAAAUCCGCCGAACUACAGGAUUCAGUAAAUCCGGGAUUUACGGAAAACAGAGGGAAAAGGAGGAUUUAUUUAGGCGUGAGAUUUACGGGGCGCUCAAGUGCCGUUUGGUAGGAUUUAUCAUAAAUCCUGCAAAUCCUGUUGCCAAACAGCCACUAAACCUUCUUUCCGUCGUCGUCGGUAGUGUUUAGAACUUGUUUCAAUGCCGACUGUGAGCGUCGGCAGAGAUUGUCUCUUUCAGGCCCUUGGCCGAAGUUACACGCAAGAAGAAUUUGAGGAACUUUGCUUUGAGUUCGGGAUUGAGCUUGACGAUGUGACUACUGAGAAAGAAAUUAUUAGGAAGGAAAAACAUCUGGAAACGGAAGUCGGCGGAGAGGAUGAGGAGGAGGUCAUAUACAAAAUUGAGGUUGCUGCUAAUAGAUAUGAUCUUCUUUGCCUUGAGGGCAUUGCCAGGGCCCUCCGCAUAUUUAUUGGGAAAGAGGAAAUCCCAAUCUAUAAAUUCCGUGAAAUCCCUCGUGAAUCAAUGCUUCAAAUUAAUGUUUCCAAGGCGACUAGUCAGAUUCGUCCUUAUGUUGUCGGUGCUGUUUUAAGAGGAGUAAGCUUUAACAGAGCAAACUAUAAUAGUUUUAUCGACUUGCAAGAUAAGCUUCAUCAGAAUAUUUGCCGAAAAAGAACUCGCGUAGCCAUUGGUACUCAUGAUUUGGACACAAUUGAUACACCUUUUUCUUAUGAGGCUUUGAUACCUCAAGAUAUAACCUUCAUCCCCCUAAAACAGGUUAAAAGCUUCAGGGCUGAUGAACUACUGGAGUUUUACAAGUCGGACUUGAAGCUGAAGAAGUUUUUGCACAUUAUUGAAAAUUCUCCUGUAUACCCUGUCAUAUAUGACAGGAAUAGAACUGUUCUAUCACUGCCCCCAAUAAUCAACAGCGCACAUUCUGCUCUCUCUCUUAGAACAAAAAAUGUUUUCAUUGAGUGCACAGCAACUGAUCUAACCAAGGCAAAGAUUGUUUUGAAUACGAUGGUAACCAUGUUUUCAGAGUAUUGUGAUUCAAAAUUUGAGGUUGAGCCAGUUGAGGUCGUGUAUCCGGAUGACCGACAAUUUGAGGAUUGCACAUCAGAAGGGAUUUUUAAAGGAAAGAACAUUUAUCCAGAUCUUGCAGUUACAGUUAUGGACAUCCCUCUUUCUGUAAUUACAUGCCCCAUUGGCGUUACACUGGGAGUUGCUGAGGUGAUUCCCUUAUUGAACAAAAUGCAACUGCAUGCUAAGGAAAAGUUGGUUACUGGAAAUAAUGUUAUUACUGUACACGUUCCUCCAACUAGAAGUGAUAUACUUCAUCCUUGUGAUGUCAUGGAGGAUGUUGCUAUAGCAUAUGGAUAUGAUAAAAUUCCAAGAACAAAGCCUAAAUGCAUAGGUGGGCAGCAACCAUUAAACGUAUUUUCUGACAAGAUCCGAGGAGAGGUCUCAAGUGCAGGGUAUAUGGAGGUUCUAACUUGGCUUUUGUGUUCACAUGAAGAAAACUUUGCAAUGGUUAAAAGAAAAGAUGAUGGAGCAAAAGCAGUCACCAUUGAAAAUCCUCGUUCAUCAGAAUUUGAGGUUGUUCGGACGAGUCUUUUACCUGGCCUGCUGAAAACUCUAAAGCAUAACAUAGACCAUCGAAGACCCAUAAAGAUAUUUGAAGUCGGGGAUGUUGUUUGCCUUGAUGGGACACGCGAUGUUGGUGCGUCUAACAAUCGCAGACUAGCUGCUUUGUAUUGCAAUGUUACCUCAGGAUUUGAGGAAAUUUUGGGUUUGGUGAUGAGAAUUAUGCAAGUUGUUCGAAAACCUCAUGAACCUGCUAAUGAUAACUUCAUAAGGCCUUCAAAUGAACCUGAAUUUUUUCCGAAUCGCCAAUGUUACAUUAUCUUCAAAGAUAAGCAGAUUGGCGCUUUCGGUGUUGUUCAUCCAGAGGUGUUGGAGAAAUUUGGAAUUCCCGAUCCAUGUUCUUUUGUUGAGAUUGAUAUUCAGGCUUUAUUAUAAAUCUGGGUCCAUUCAACGGCUUUAUUCGUUCUACUAUCAUUGGACAAGUAUUUGAACCAUCAAAGUUCUUCCAGGGACAUUCCAACAAGGCCGCCUAUAUAUCUCAGUGGGUUCAUUUAUCAGAAGAAUUGUGACAAUUAGAAGACUGACUGCUCAUCUGAAUUGAAAAAUGUAAGCUUGACCGUUUUAUAUACAUUUUUGCUGCUAUUAAAAAUGAUUUUGUUUAGAGAGAGAAAGUCAGAUUGAAAUAUGAAGUUUAGGGUUUUUAUAUUGAAAUGAGUGCUAUAUAUGAAUGAUUAACCCUCUCUUAUAUUGUACUCAGCUUUAUAUAUAUAAUUUUUUCAACUUAAAA